AUCGUUAUCAUCAGCAGCGGCGGAGGAUGCUGAAGAGCUGCGGCAGGAAGCUGCUCCUGUCCCUCGUGGGCUCCAUGUUCACCUGCCUCCUGGUGCUCAUGGUGGAGCCGCCCGGGCGGCCGGGGCUGGCGCUGGGCGCGGGCGGAGGGGCGCAGCGGGCGCUGCAGAGCCUGGGGGCGGCCGCCCCCGGCCCCGGCCGGGCCCCCGCGGGGCUCCGCAGCUUCGCCGACUACUUCGGGCGGCUGAGCCGGGCGCGGAGGGAGCUGCCCGGCCCCGCCGCCAGCGCCCCGCGCCCGCCCGCCGAGGACAUCUCGGCCCGCGACGUCUUCAUCGCCGUGAAGACCACCAAGAAGUUCCACAAGGCGCGGCUCGAGCUGCUGCUCGACACCUGGAUCUCCCGCAACCGCGACAUGACAUUCAUCUUCACGGACGGUGAGGAUGAAGAGCUGAAGAAACAAGCAAGAAACGUCAUCAACACCAACUGCUCGGCUGCCCACAGCCGCCAGGCCCUGUCCUGCAAGAUGGCCGUGGAGUACGACAAGUUCAUCGAGUCCGGCAAGAAGUGGUUCUGCCACGUGGACGAUGACAACUACGUGAACGUCCGCACGCUGGUCAAGCUGCUCUCCAGCUACCCGCACACGCAGGACAUCUACAUUGGGAAGCCCAGCCUGGACCGGCCCAUACAGGCGACCGAGAGGAUCAGCGAGAACAAGAUGCAUCCGGUGCAUUUCUGGUUUGCCACGGGAGGAGCCGGGUUUUGUAUCAGCCGGGGGCUGGCGCUGAAGAUGAGCCCGUGGGCCAGUGGUGGUCACUUCAUGAGCACCGCAGAGAAGAUCCGCCUGCCCGAUGACUGCACCAUUGGCUACAUCAUUGAGUCCGUGCUGGGCGUGAAGCUCAUCCGGAGCAACCUCUUCCACUCGCACCUGGAGAACCUGCACCAGGUGCCAAAGACAGAGAUCCACAAGCAGGUGACACUAAGCUACGGCAUGUUUGAGAACAAGCGCAACUCCAUCCACAUGAAGGGCGCGUUCUCCGUGGAGGAGGAUCCCUCCAGGUUCCGCUCCGUGCACUGCCUGCUCUACCCGGACACGCCGUGGUGCCCCGCCAACGUCGUUUACUAGGGGGGCGCGCGCGCGCGUCCCCCCCGUCUCUAACCUCGUCCCGAGCUUCCCCGGUAUCCGAAGGGCUCGUGGGACGGCCGUGUGCGUGGGGUCCCCGGCGCGGGGGCCCGAGCUGUGCCCGUGCACAGCGUGUACUGAAGGCUGCUGUGCGGCCCCGGCCCCGCGGCCCGCCCGGGGCAGCUCCUGAGCACUUACACACUCGGCGCAGGGGCCGGGCUCAGCUUCCCACGCAGGGUGUGGGGAGCGCGGCCCAACCUCCGCUCGCUUCUCUGCCUUUUUGUUGUUUGCUUUUUGAGUGGUGAUUCUUGGAUCUUUUUAUUGUGUCUUUCAACCCUCGGCUCUGACCGUUCCCGUGCGCUCCCAGCCUCUGUCCCUGCUCCUCCUGGGAUCCAGCUCCUGGGAUCCAGCUCCUCUUGCAGAUGGAGGCUCCUGGGCCCUCUCUGCAUCCAGCUCCCUUCCCAGGGAGCGGAGAGGGAGGCGCGGGAGCUUCCCCAGCUCUGGCGGCACACGUGAGGUCUGGGGCUGG